CUAAAAGUAACGAAACUAUUGAUUCUAACCUGGAAAGUGCUUUUCACUCUUUAAAAACAAAACCUUUAGGCCAUGAGUAACCAGGAGAAAUUGGCCAAUAAUCCAGUUAAUGGCUGGGUUGUGCAAAAAUUUGGUGGUACUAGUAUCGGAAAGUUCCCGUUAAAAAUUGCAGUUGAUGUUGCCAAAUCUUACUUGGAAAAUAAGCGCGUUGUUUUAGUCUGCUCUGCUCGUAGCACCGACACAAAGGCAGAGGGUACCACGAAUCGUUUAAUUCGUGCUGCUGAACAAGCUUUGAAACAGCAUUCGACAUCUUACGAUAUCGUCACUGCCAUUGAACAAGAUCACUUACAAGCAGUUCGUGACUUUAUUGGAGAUGUAGAGAUUCAAGAAAGAUUGUUCAAAGAAAUCCGCCAUGACUGUGCCGAAUUGGAACAGUACUUAAACGCAAUUCGCAUCCUUACAGAAAUUUCUCCCCGUACCCGGGAUCUUGUUCUUGGUAUGGGUGAACGUUUGAGUUGUCGCUUUAUGGCUGGUGUCUUACAAGACCAAGGUGUUGAUGCUGAAUAUGUCGAUAUGUGUCAUAUUCUCGAUGAGCACAAAGAGUGGAAAUCUCUUGACGCGUCUUUCUAUAGUUAUGUCGCCAACCAGUUGGCCGCUAAUGUUACCGUUCUCGGUAACAAGGUCCCUGUUGUAACUGGCUUUUUUGGUAUGGUCCCUGGAAGCUUGUUAUCUCAAAUUGGCCGUGGUUACACUGAUUUUUGUGCUGCUCUGCUAGCCGUUGGUUUGGCUGCGGAUGAAUUGCAGAUCUGGAAAGAAGUUGAUGGUAUUUUUACCGCCGAUCCUCGUAAAGUACCCACCGCGCGUUUGCUUCCCUUAAUUACUCCUGAAGAGGCUGCUGAAUUAACUUACUACGGUAGUGAAGUAAUUCACCCUUUUACCAUGUCACAAGUUAUUAGUGCUCGCAUUCCUAUUCGCAUAAAAAAUGUCGGUAACCCCGGAGCACCUGGAACUGUUAUUUUCCCUGACACAAUUUCUCGACACGGUAGUGCUACCCCUCCUCAUCCUCCCAAGGUUAUGCCUGAUGAUUUAGAAUACGAGUCAGCACACAAGGGACCCACUGCUGUGACUAUUAAGGAUACCAUUAUGGUAAUUAACAUCAAUUCCAACCGAAAAAUCUCUUCACAUGGAUUUUUGGCCUCCAUCUUUGCCAUUUUUGACAAAUACAAGCUUGCCGUCGACUUAAUUAUUACAUCUGAGGUCCACGUCUCUAUGGCCCUUAAUCAAGAGUCCGAUGAAGCUAGUUUGCAAGAUGCUUUCGUCGAGUUGCGUCGUCUCGGUACCCUCGAUGUUUUGCAUGGUAUGGCUAUUUUGUCUCUUGUAGGCAAACAUAUGCGUAACGCAGUAGGCAUUUCUGGUCGCAUGUUCAACACCCUUGCUGAAGCCAAAAUUAACAUUGAAAUGAUCAGUCAAGGUGCCAGUGAAAUUAACAUUUCUUGUGUUAUUGAUGAAAAGAAUGCAGUGAAGGCUCUAAAUUGCAUCCAUAAGGAACUACUUGAGCCUUCUGUACUUCCAGAAGUCCCAUCUCAUGCUUCCUUAGUCGUUGAGAAGCCAUGGCUUUACAGCGCUUAAACAAAAAAUAGAUGGAUACAUGGUGAUCUCACGCUAAAUGUUAAUCUUUCUGAGCUUUCUGUUCUUUGACUAUUUAUUCAUAUGGUGAUUGUAUUGCUGAGCAGGAUAUUACGGUUCAAAUUGGAAAGUACUUUUAACAUGGCUUAACUAGUUUUGUUUUCUUUUUGUUUUAAUGAAAAAUUUACUCUGAAUAAUACAUUGUCGCAAAAUUAUAGA